UGCCCCAUCCUUGGUGUCAGUGGGGGGAGGAAUAGUGCCCCAUCCUUGGUGUCAGUGGGGGGAGGAAUAGUGCCCCAUCCUUGGUGUCAGUGGGGGGAGGAAUUGUGCCCCAUCGUUGGUGUCAGUGGGGGGAGGAAUUGUGCCCCAUCC